GAUAGUCAUUUUGCUGAAGGGAUUACUGGUGCCGAUUUUAUCCUUUAUGUUGCUGCUGGGCCGACGCAUGACGUGAAUGUCGCGUGGGGCGUACCGUGUGCUCUCAGGAGUGGUGGUCGACCCGCUGUUGGUGCUCUCAACUUUGGUCCGCAGCACAUCUCUUCAAGGCAGGACCUCUCGCGUGCCGUUGCACAUGAGAUUGCACACGCUCUUGGAUUUUCCGUUCAACUCUUUGCUGAAAGCAAAAUGGUCACCAAGUUGUCCAAAAUUCGUGGCAAAUCCAACGUCCUCGUAGUGUCUUCCGAAAAGACACGGGAGGUGACGCGGAAACAUUUUAACUGCGAUAGGGCGCCUGGUAUGGAGCUGGAGGAUGAGGGUGGUGCGGGGACGGCGCAGUCUCACUGGGAGCGGCGGAACGCAAAGGAUGAGAUAAUGGCGGGUGUUGCUGGGAUCGGGUACUACUCCGCCAUGACGAUGGCUGCAUUUGAGGAUUUGGGGUAUUACCGCGCUAAUUGGGGCAUGGAGGAGGUGAUGGGGUGGGGCAGAAACACUGGAUGCGAUUUUCUGGAAGAGAAAUGCGUAAACAAUGGUACCACGAAAUACCCUGAUAUGUUCUGCGUCGAUGGUUCCUUUCUAUUUCAAUGCACAUCCGAUCAUUUGGCGCUGGGGGUUUGCGGCUUGUUUCAUUUUGGACGGGAUCUGCAUCCGGUGUAUAGGUACUUUAAAUACCCUUUUAUGGGCGGCUCACCGAAUGAAUUGACGGAUUACUGUCCUGUUAUUAUGCCGUCGGGGGAAGGCGCAUGCACCAAUACUCUGAACAAUUUUACUGGGUGUCGUGUGGGGCCCAAUUCGCGAUGCGUGGAAAGCGACUUGCUUCGCUUCAACUCGGUGACCAUUGGUGCCAUCUGCGUGGAGGUAUCGUGCGAACAUAAAGGGGUUGCAAGCAUACGGUACGUGGGAGAUGACACCUGGUAUCCUUGCCCAGAGGGGCACCGGUUGAAACCAGGACCUCCAUUCACCCGCGGCCACAUUAUCUGCCCAAGAUACACGGAUAUUUGCACCACCCUUGCUUCUGCCGUCUUGAAACCUACGCUCGAUAACAACACCUUCCAGAACCUGCUUACGCCUGUGGAGGGCCCAGUGCAGAGGAGCCUCUCGAAGCCCUUGGAGAUGAAAAAAACCGACGCCAGGAAAAAACACUUCGGGGUGGAUGCAGGCAGCGUUGCCGUUACUCCCAGUUUGCCUUGGCUGCUUCUUUGCUCUCUCUUGGGCGCUUUGCUCGGAAUAUGA